UGAUGUACGCGUUUGGUUAGGAGGUGGCGUUUAAAAUAAGCUGUUCUGGUUUCCUGUUAUCUUUUUAUUUUCGUCGCUGUUUUGAAAGCUGCAGUGCAGUGUUUUGUUGGUAUGCAUACUGUUCUGAGCGACACACACUUUCAACAAGUACAGUCAACUGAUACGAAUAUGUGCAAAAGGUCACCAGAUAGAAUGUGCUUUAUUUAGCCUGUAUCGGGUGCAUUUCAGUUGCAUUCCAUACACCACGACCUUUAUGCAUAGUAUAUGACAUUUUCUGGGCUGCAAAUAUAUUAAUCAGUAGGCUAAUAAUCUGUAAAAAACUGAUAAAAUAAUGCAUUAACACCUAUAGUGAAUUUACAGCAAAAAGCUGUAAAUAUACAUUUUUAUAAACAUUUUUUUGUUUGUUUGACAGACAGUAAACACACACAUACAAACACUGGCCUUUGUGUUCUUAUCACAAUGCAAUACACUUUGUCUCAUGGCACACGAAAGGAGAACAGUCCCAGUUUGAUCAUUAUUGUUUUGAAGUUGUCUUCAUUCAUGCCAGUUUGCGAGACUAGGCAGCGACUAGAAUGCUCUAGCAGAAGCAUGGGCAGUUAUGCAUGUCAGCAGUCAGCUCAGGUCCAGGUCUGAACAGCUGCAGAAUUAAAGCUGAACGGGUAACAAGUACUGCUGGGUGCGCUGUGCUAACAGGCUCAUCCUGACAGCAUCCCUUAACUGCCUGCUAGUGUAGUGUGCAUCAUACAAUACAUAAUCUGGUUCCAAAGUCCACCCUUCUGAAUAGGGGGUGGUCAGUAUUUACACUGGUAAGGAAUUACUCCUUGAGUGGAAAUAACAGCUCUGUUCAAAACACUGGUGACCUUCACAAUGGCUUCUCUCCCGGUCUCCGUGUAAACAUCGGAUUCUCGCAAAUGAAGACAGACAGCGCCUCAAAGCUCAAUCUUUUCACUCUUUUUCGUGAGCUGUACAGGCAGAUCCAGUCUACUGUUUGGCUUUUCAUGAAGUUUUGGCCGAAGUGGUUGUCUUUCUUUCCUGUGUCUGUGAUUUACAGAGUAACAGAAGCCUGAAUGAUUAUCGCUGUCCUGACAGGAUUCUUCAUACUGCUGUUGAUUUGGAAGGUCAUGGAGGACCAGCUAAAGCUGGUGGUUUCAGGAAAGAAUGGGGACGUGGAUCAAAUCUCUGACCCAGGGAAGCAGACAGAGCCUGACCCCCCGCCUGAAUCAGAGACCACCUGUCCCUCAGCACAACCUUCUUCCCAACACAAUUCCACUGUCGUCAGCAAGCAGGCUGAACCAACUGCAUCUAAUACAUCUACAGCAAAGGGAGAAUCUCCUGAAAAUGCAUCUCUUCCACCUCUGGGGCCAACACACCAAGCACAGGCAUCCACGUGGGCCGGGCUUCAGAACUCAUCAAGCAGUGUGCCGGUACAGCACAGCCGGGGCCACACUCAGGAUGCACCCAGGUUCCCACACAAGGCAGCCUUGAGACGGGAGCGUCUUAAGUUCGUUAUCGGCUGCUCAGAAGAUAACUCCUCGGAUGACGAGUUGGGCAUGUUGGAUCACAGAGAUGGGGAAGCAUCGCGGCCGGCGCCCAGCAGCUCCUCUGUAGUACCGGUGUCCCCACUGGCACCAAAAACCAUGAGGCCCAGCAUGUCGGGCCUGCACCUGAUGAAGAAGGGGAGGGAGCACAACAGGAUGGAUCUGCACAGAGACUUCACUGUCGCCUCGCCCGCGGAGUUCGUCACUCGAUUCGGUGGCGACCGCGUCAUCGAGAAGGUCCUGAUCGCUAACAAUGGCAUUGCGGCUGUGAAGUGCAUGCGCUCCAUUCGUCGGUGGUCCUACGAGAUGUUCCGGAACGAGAGGGCCAUUCGAUUUGUCGUCAUGGUUACGCCCGAGGACCUGAAGGCCAACGCAGGUGAAACACCUUUGAAUGAACUGGAUUGUAUUACUGUG